AGAGGUUGGCGGUGGCGGUCUGAGGAGGCGGCAGCGGCGCUGCUGCUUCUGCUGCUGGCGGUGGCGGCGGCGCCGGCCCAAGGGGUGAUACUGACGCCGCCCUACUUCAACCUGGCAGAGGGGCGGCGCGUCACGGCCUCGGCCACGUGCGGAGAGGACAUCGUGGGGCCAGAACUCUACUGCAAGCUCGUCGGCGCCAACGCCGACAGCGACGUCAACGUUAACCUCAUCCAGGGACAGGUCUGCGACUACUGCGACCCCACGAGGCCGGAGAAGGCCCACCCCGCGACGUACGCUGUGGACGGAGCGGAGACGUGGUGGCAGAGCCCGCCUCUCUCCAGGGGCGUCAAGUACAACGAGGUCAACCUCACCAUCGACCUGGGCCAGGAAUUCCAUGUGGCAUACGUUUUUAUCAAAAUGGCAAACUCACCUCGUCCCGGAAUAUGGGUCCUUGAAAGAUCCCUUGAUAAUGGUGAGACAUAUCAGCCGUGGCAGUAUUUUGCAGAUUCUAUUGGUGAAUGUGAGAGGUAUUUUGGUCCAGAAAGUGUGCAGUCUAUCACUAGGGAUGACUCUGUAAUUUGUGAAACACAGUAUUCAAAAGUUGUUCCACUUGAAGGUGGUGAGAUUGUAGUUUCCCUACUAAAUAACCGACCAUCUGCAAAUGAUUUCUUCAACUCUACAAUUCUACAAGAAUGGACUCGAGCAACUAACGUCAGACUACGCCUAUUACGCACAAAAACCUUCCUAGGACAUCUCAUGUCGAUUGCUCGGCAAGAUCCAACUGUUACCAGAAGGUACUUUUACUCCAUUAAAGACAUCAGUAUUGGUGGACGUUGUGUGUGCAAUGGACAUGCUGAUACUUGUGAUAUAACUGAUCCAAAUGAUCCAUACAAGCUCCUGUGUCGCUGUCAGCACAAUACGUGUGGAGCAAAUUGUGAUACUUGUUGCAAAGGAUUUGAGCAAAAGGCGUGGCGCCAGUCAAAAAGCUUCAAACCUUUUGUCUGUGAACCAUGUAACUGCUUUGGACAUACUGAAGAAUGUGAAUAUGAUCCUGAAGUGGAUGCCAAAGGAUUAUCAUUGGAUAUACAUGGAAAUUAUGAAGGUGGAGGUGUUUGCAAGAAUUGUCGUGACAACACUGAAGGAAUCAACUGUAACCAAUGCAAGCCUGGAUUUUACCGUCCCUAUGGCAAAUUGCUUAAUGAAACUGAUGUUUGCCAACCCUGUCAAUGUGAUUACUUCUAUGCAACUGGAAACUGUGCAGAAGGCUCAGGACAGUGUGAAUGUCGACCAGAAUUCACACCACCAAAUUGUGAUAGUUGCAGUUUUGGAUAUUAUGGGUAUCCUGACUGCAAACCAUGUGAAUGCCAUCUAAAUGGAACAAGAGGCUUUCAUUGUGAACCUACUAAUGGGCUAUGUCCAUGCAAGGCCAACUAUCGUGGAAAGUUCUGCACUGAAUGUGAAGAAGGCUUUUACAACUUCCCUGAAUGUCUCGCUUGUGACUGUAAUCCUGAGGGUUCCACAAGUGAUAAAUGUGAUGUUUCCUCGGGACAGUGUUUCUGCAAGAACAAUUAUGGCGGAAGAACUUGCUCAGAAUGCCAAGACGGUUAUUCGCAUUAUCCAGAAUGCAGAUAUUGUAAUUGUGAUAUUCGGGGUACACUUCCUGGUGUGUGCAACAAGGAAACAGGCCAGUGUUUAUGUCGAGAAGGAUAUGGGGGUGAGCGUUGUGACAGAUGUGUGCCUGGCUACUAUGGCUAUCCAGAUUGUCGACCUUGCAGUUGCAGUGAAGUUGGCAGCUCGUCAACUGUGUGUGAUGCCUCUGGAAGAUGUAGUUGUUUAAUAAAUUUCUCAGGGAGAACAUGUAAUCAGUGCAGUCCUGGACAUUACCAAUAUCCUGAAUGUCUCAGUUGUGACUGCGAUCCUCAAGGAUCCAUUGGUAUAUCUUGUGAUAAUGAUGGCAAAUGUCAGUGUAAGAGCAAUUUUGAUGGAAAUCAUUGUGACCAGUGCAAGGAAGGAUUCUACAACUUUCCCAUUUGUGAAGAGUGCAACUGUGAUCCUGCUGGGGUUGUGGAAACUUUCGCUGGCUGCGGGUCUGUUCCUCCAGGGGAACUCUGCCAGUGCAAGGAUAGAGUCCAAGGAAGGAUCUGUAAUGAGUGCCGACCUCUUUUUUGGAACCUGCAGGCUUCAAAUCCAGAUGGCUGUGAAAAAUGUGACUGCUAUCUUCCUGGUGUUAUGGGUGGACUUGGAGUCUGUGACACUAAAACAGGUCAAUGUUAUUGCAAGACAUCUGUGGGUUCCAGAAGGUGUGAUGAAUGUAAGGAUGGAACAUACAACUUGAAGGAAGAAAACUUGUUUGGUUGCAGUGAUUGUGGAUGUGAUAUUGGAGGUUCAGUACACAACACAUGUGACAAGGAGAACGGUCAGUGUCCAUGCCGACCACGUGUAACUGGUCGCACCUGUAGGGAACCACUCAAGACUUAUUAUUUUCCCACACUAUACCACAACCAGUAUGAAGCUGAAGAUGGCCGGACUCCUGCAAAUACGCCUGUUCGCUAUGGUUUUGAUGAAGAAGUAUUUCCAGGUUACUCUUGGAAAGGUUAUGCAGUUUUUUCAUUGUUGCAGGAUGAAAUUCUACACACUAUAUACAUACCAAAGUCAUCCCUGUAUCGAAUGGUACUGCGAUACAUCAACAAUAAUGAAGAUUCUAUACUUGGUCACAUCAGAAUUACUCCAGAUAACCCUAACGAUAUUGAACAGACAUUCCAGGUUCUGUUAAAACCAACUGCAGGUUUGCCAACAUUUGUCACAGUAUCUGGUCCAACAGGAAGCAUCCCAUCUCCAAUGGUUAUGAAUCCUGGUACAUGGACAAUAAGUAUAAAGAAUGACAAGAGUUUGUUAUUGGAUUACUUUGUUCUGCUGCCAGCUGCAUAUUAUGAAGCCACUGUUUUGGUAGAUAAAGUGAUUGAGCCUUGUGAGAUUGGAAAUAAGGAUCUGUGCAGACAUUACAGGUAUCCAAACAUUUCCCAGUUUGACACAGUACGUGGUGAUGGAGGCUUCUUGUCAAAAGAUGACACAAGAGAACCUUUGACAGAAUACUUCUCUGAUUACAUACAAUUGCAUGAACUGCAGAGACCACAGCUGCCAUUAAUUAACAAAAGGCAGGAUGAGAUUCAUCUAGAAAUGACAAUUUCUAAACCUGGACCACAUGUGCUACUUCUCAAUUAUAUCACUCCAGCAAAUGAUAGUAACUCAACAACUGUAUCCAUAGAAAGUCGCUCUCAGAAUUGGCAACAAUCUGCUCAAGUGGUAUUGUAUGGAUGCCCAUAUACAGAACUGUGCAGACAGGCUGUCACAGAUAGACAAGGGCAGUUGGCUGUUUUCAAUUUUGAUACAAAUUACAUCAGUCUUAUUCUUAAGGGGAGGAAUGACACAAAUAUUGCACUAGACUCUGUUGUUGCUAUACCUUUUGAGGAAUGGUCUGUGGAUUAUCAGCAGCCUAAGCCGGCAUGUGUCAGAAAAGAUGGAAAUUGUGUUCAAGCAUUGUUUCACAGACCACCAAACUCAAAGAAGGUUGAAUUUGAGACAGGCAACGAACAGCGUGUUGCCAAGGAAGUGCCACGUUUAUUUGAUAACAGUACACAGCUUAUCUAUUUAGAUCAUUCAGACCCAAUGAUUGAUGUGAUGCAUAAGGUGCCAAGCCCUGGUUCAUAUGUUUUUGUUGUGAGAUACUAUCAACCAGAUCACCCAGCAUUUGAUUUAGAUGUUGUGGUGCACAAUGGUCAGUUUUAUGAAGCUAAGCUGCCUGUUCAGCACUGCCCAUCCAACUCAGGGUGUCGUUCUGUAAUUAGACAGUCUGAUCAAAACACCAAUUUUCAGUUAACUGAGAACUAUAUUCUCACUUUUAAGGCUCCUGAUAAGAAAAGUGUAUGGCUGGAUUAUGUACUUUUGGUACCAGCUGACCAGUUCACAGAGGAAAUUCUUGAGGAAGAACCUAUAGAUCACACUGGCGCAUUUAUCAAGCAAUGUGGACAUAAUCAUUUCUACAUGGAUACCAAUACAGAAGGUUUCUGUCGUGAUGCUGUGUUUUCAAUCACAACUGAGUACAACAAUGGUGCUCUGCCAUGUUCCUGUAAUGUUGAAGGAUCACUCAGUUUUGAGUGUGAAAAAUUUGGUGGGCAGUGCACGUGCAAACCUAAUGUGAUUGGCAGAAAUUGUGAUUUGUGUAAGACUGGAUUUUUUGGUUUCCCAGACUGCAGACCAUGUGACUGCCCUUCUACUGCUUUAUGCGAAACAUUUACAGGUGAGUGUAUAUGUCCACCUAGAGUUACUGGAGAAAAAUGUGAUCAGUGCAUCCCAUACACAUAUGGAUUUGAUCCAAUUAUUGGAUGUGAAGACUGCAGUUGUGAUGUUCUUGGAGUUAUUGAGGGAAAUCAACAGUGUGAUCUUCUUAAUGGAAGCUGCCAAUGCAAGCCUAACGUAGUGGGUCGCACAUGUGAUCACUGCAAACCAGGACAUCAUCAUUUCCCAUACUGUGAUAUGUGUGACUGUGAUCGUCGAGGUACAACCACAGACAUUUGUGACCAGAACACAGCAGAGUGCUUUUGCAAGAACAAUGUUUAUGGACAGGCUUGUGAUCUGUGCAAGGAAGGAACUUUCAACAUUGAAGCAAAGAACCCUGAUGGUUGCACCAAGUGCUUUUGCUCUGGUAAAACUACUCGUUGUACAAGCUCAUAUCUGUACAGAAGCCAGGUUUCCACAAUGGAUGAUUGGAGGUUAGCAGUAAUUGAUAUUGAGAAAACUGUUCUCAUUGAUAUACUUGCUGCAGAGCCUGCACACCUAGGUGCAGGGAUUGGUGCUGACCUCACACUGGAAGAAACACAUGGAAAAGUUGUGUAUUUUGUAGCUCCUGAACGCUAUUUGGGCAAUAAGUUGACAGCCUAUGGGGGAGCUCUCAACUACUCUAUAUAUUAUACAACUGGUCUGUCUGGAAGUGCUGAGAGUGGUGCUGAUGUGAUUCUGCACAGUGGUGAUACUUACUUACUGUUUUACUCUUUGGAGCAACCAGCUGCAACCAUUACUUUUAAGGGCUCAGUUGAUAUUCUGGAGAGCAACUUUUUACUUCCAAGUGGACUUUCUGCAACAAGAGAGCAACUCAUGCAGGUUCUGCAGAAUCUGCAAGGAGUUUAUAUCAGAGCAACUUAUUGGAAAGAAAGUGUGACUAGCAGAUUAACUGAUGUGACACUUGAUAUUGCUACUGAAGGUUAUAAUCCUAACAGCAGCAUUGCUCUCGCUGUGGAACAGUGUCAGUGUCCACCAAAUUAUCAGGGCCUUUCUUGUGAAGACUGCGCUCCUGGAUAUUAUCGUGCUCAGACUGGUCCAUAUGGUGGUUUCUGUGUACCUUGUAACUGUCAUGGACAUUCUAAUACCUGUGAUCCAGUGACUGGCAUAUGUUUUGACUGUAAGAACAAUACUGAAGGUGACCACUGUGAACGCUGUGUUGAGGGAUACUACGGCAAUGCAACCAUAGGAACACAAGUUGACUGCAUGAUAUGUGCUUGUCCUCUUCCUAUACCAUCAAACAAUUUUGCAACAGGAUGUGAAGUAAGUGCUGAUGGUGAAGAAAUUAGUUGUGACUGCAUUCCUGGUUAUUAUGGAGCCAGAUGUGAAUACUGUGCUGCUGGUUAUUUUGGAAGACCACAAGAAAGGGGUGAAACCUGCCAGCCUUGUUCAUGCAGUGGUAACAUCAACCCAGAUGACCCUGGUGCAUGUGAUUCUAUUACAGGGAAAUGUCUUCGUUGCCUCAACAAUACUUACGGAGAAGCUUGUAACUUAUGUGCACCAGGAUUCUUUGGGGAUGCAGUAGAUCUAAAAGACUGUCGAAGUUGUGACUGUGAUAAAUGUGGAACAAAGGAGUGUGACAGUUUUACUGGGAAAUGUGUAUGCCAUGAAAAUGUAAUAGGAGAAAAGUGUGAAAGCUGUGCUGCUGAUCAUUUUGGUUUUUCAACUUGUGAGGGUUGCAGAGCAUGUGAUUGUCAAGAAGCAUCAGAGAGUACUCAGUGUGAUGAUGUAUCUGGUGCCUGCCGUUGCAGUCCCGGAGUCAGUGGAAGAACAUGUGACCGCUGCACCCCUGGUUUCUGGAACUAUUCAGCAUCUGGAUGCAUUUCAUGUGGAUGCAACACUGAAUAUUCUGUUGGGUUUGGAUGUGAUCCACUGACAGGACAGUGCCAGUGUUUACCUGGUGUAAUAGGAGAAAAGUGUGACCAGUGCCGAUAUCGCUGGGUCCUUAUUGAAAAUCAAGGGUGCUUUGAAUGUGACAGCUGCAUCCAUAAUCUGCUGGAUGUAACAGACCAUCUGACUGAAGUUAUAGAGCCGUAUGUUAUUGAAUUUGAGUCAGCUGCAGCAAGUUUCUUCACAACACAGAGACUUGUUUAUAUUAACAGUACUGCUAGCCAACUUGCACCUAAUGUCAGUCUGCUUGAUCCUGGUCAAGUCGAUCUUACACCACACACUCAUGAGGUUGAGAGUUUGGAGCAGGAUGUAAGAAAUCUUAACAGAAGAACUGAAUAUGCUGUUGAGAAUGCAGAACAAUGUGAGCCUGAUGCACUGAAAGUGCAACAAGAAGCAGUUGAAGUGGAUCACAUAAUUCAACUUGUUGUUGAUGAAGCAGAGACAAUAUUAAGUGAAGUCAGCGAGCUUGCAUUGAGUUUGGACUCUGGAACUGGCCCACAGAUUGAUCAGGCACUGCGAGAAGCUGAAGACCUUUUAGCACAAAUUCACAGUAGGAAUUUCACAGAUAGGCAGAAUGCUGCCCAGCAAGAACUUUAUAAAGCCAUUGAACUUCUUGAGAAAAUGCAAGAAUUUGCUAUACCAGUACACAACCAAACAGAGUAUUAUGAAGCAUUGAAACAUCAAGUGAACCACUUUGAUGGGAAACUUGAAGAUUUAAGAAAUUACAGUUUGGUUACCAAGGAUCAAGCAGCUAAAACAGAUGAGAUGAAUGACAGAAAUAGGAAUGCCAAAGUUAUGAACAAGGUUCAUGCUGCUGAUGAAAUAAUAGAUGAAACAGAACAAAAAUUAGAUAAAUCUGGCAAACUGUUGGAUGAAGCUCAGUCAAUGUUAGAUGAAGCUGGACAACAGACUCCAAAAAUAAGUAACUUACAGACAGAGAUUGUAGCGAAACAAGAAACACUGUUACAGAAUAUUGAUGAUAAGGAGAAACAGUUUGAAGAACUUGAUGAAUUGGCAGAACAGUCAAGGAGACAUUCAGAAGAACUACAGUUAAAGGCUGAAGAACUAGAAGGCCUUUUCUCAGGCUCACGUUACUCAGCAGAACAUGCAGUUGGAGCUGCAAAUGCAUAUAAAAACAUUGCAAAUGCAAUAGAAGAAGCCAUGCAAGCAGCACAUGAUGCACAGGAACCAGCAGAAACUGCAACUGCAAUGUCAAAUGGUCUUGGUGAACGAACUGCUCUGUCACAAACUCGUUCCACGGAAUUGCUUGAAGAAGCCAGGCAGACACUCGAUAAGGCUCAGGGAGAACUCGAACCACAACUUGAAGAUGCCAAAGACCGCCUGGAUGUAAUUGAUGGCCUCAACAAACAUAUAGAAUCAGUGCUGAGCAAUGUCAAUAACGAAUUAACCAGGAUACCAGUCCAAGAAACAGUUGAGAGUUACGCAUCACAAGCCAUACAGAAUGCAAAAGAUGCUAAUGCAACAGCACAGAAUACUUUGAGCACCAUCUCAAGAAUUAUAAAUCAACUACCAGAAGAUGUGACAGUAUCACAACAGCUCCCAAGAGAUGCUGAUUCUGCAAUGAAGGCUGUGAAUCAAGCUAAUCUCAAUGUGGAGCAGGUAACUACUGUAGUGCCAAAUAUAAAAAGUCUCAUGGCUGCUGUUGGAGAAAGACAGAACUUAACAGCCAAGGCCAGUAGUGAUAUUGGAAGGAAGAUAGAAGAACUUAAACGACAGGUGGCAUUGGCAAGGGAUCAUGUUAACAGGAUAGAUGUUGGUGCAACAUUUCAACACGAUUCAAUACUGGAACUAAAAAACCCUGAGAGUUUACCUCACCUAGGAACAUCCACUCAUGUUUCAAUGUAUUUCAACACUGACAAACCAAAUGGUUUCCUUUUUUACAUGGGAAAUGAAGUUGGUACAAGCCGCAGAAUUAGACGAGCAAAGACAGAUGAUUUUAUCGCACUGGAAGUUGAAAAUGGAUAUCCUGUUCUAAGCGUUGACUUAGGUUCUGGCCCACAAAAAAUAAUCAAUGAGAGAUAUGUGGCUGAUAAGGAGUGGUAUCAAGCAAUCAUUGAAAGGACUGGCCUUAUAGUUAAGCUAAUUAUACGCCACGAAGGUCCUGGUGGACAAGAAGAAGUGUAUGAGAAAGAAGCAGUUCUCACUGGCACACAUUCUAUCUUAAAUCUUGAUCAAGAGCAGUCAAAAAUAUUUGUUGGUGGUUAUCCAGCAGACUUUGAGAUGCAGCCUGCAAUACAAACCGCAUCAUUUGAUGGAGAAAUAGAAGGCCUUGUGAUUGGAGAUACUCCAGUUUCUCUCUGGAAUUUUAUAGAUGCAGACAAAAUUAGUGGAGCAAAAGAAAGAGACAAACUUGUGAACCUGCAGCAAAGUACUGGAUAUAGAUUUGAUGGUAGUGGAUAUGUACAGGUGGCUGGCAAGUCUUACAGCCUGAAGCAACAGUCUGACAUACAGCUUAGUUUCAAAACAUUUGCUAAAAAUGGUCUUUUGUUUUUGGUUGGCAGAGGAAGCAAAUCUUUCUUGUCAAUAGAGCUGAGAAAUGGAAGUGUCCUGUACCAGUUCAAUUUAGGACCUGGCCUACUCAGCAUAGAGUCACCAAAAACGUACAAUGAUGGAAACUGGCACACUGUUGGUGCAAUACGUUACCACCAGGAUGGUGUUCUGAAGGUAGAUGGAGAGAAGAUAUUCCAGGGCAAAGCACCAGAGAAAGCAAAGGAUCUGAAGUUUUGGGACAACUUAUACUUUGGAGGCUAUCCAGGAGAACAUAAUAUUGUAUCUGUCACAAAUGUUGACUUUGAUGGAUGUAUAGAUCAUGUCCAAAUUGAAGGAACACCUGUUGAUCUCAGUCAAAAUACAGGUGCAUUUGGAGUUACUGCUGGGUGUCCUGCUCGGGUUGCAAGUCUAAUUUCAUUCAGUGAUAUAAGUCCAGGAUAUAUAAAGUGGCCCAAUGCAUCUUCCACAAACCAACUGCAAUUGAGUCUCAGGUUCAAGACAGAAGUCAGUGAUGGUCUGUUGUUCUAUGGAACAGAUCAAAGUCAAAACAAUGUUGCAUCCUUGUCACUACAGGAUGGUCGUUUGGUUUUCAGCAGUCAGCGAGAACAGUUACAUAGUAGCCAGUCUACACAGUACAAUGAUAACCAAUGGCAUGUUGUUACUGCAACCCAUGACAGUAGUGCACUACACUUGGAUGUAGAUGACUUUGACACUUUCACAACGGACACAGCACCUGCAGCACUCCAUUUCAUGUAUGGCACUUUGUUUUUUGGAGGAUUACCUCCUGAUUUUGAACCUGCAAUUGGUGCAGCAGCUUCUGUUAAGCCGUUUAUUGGCUGCUUGGGAGAUGCAGUUGUUAAUGGAGUGUUUAUUAAUUUUGCCAAUGCUAAAGAGCAUUCUGGGGUAAUUCUUGGAAAAUGUCAGGCAGCUGACCAGGUAGUACAGCCACCUGUAAGAAUUCCAGAUGAUGAAGAUUACACCAUUGUGGAAGAACCUGAAGAAAAAACAGAAGUGGAACAUGCAACAGAUCGUCCAGGAGUAGAGUUUGUACCAGAGGCAACACCUGAAGCAGUCACGACUACAAUGACAACUACAACCACCACUACCACAACAACAACAACAACAACAACCACCAUUACUACAACUCCAAGCACCACCACCACUACCACAGAACCACCUCCUGAUCAGUGCAGACUACCACUGCGACCAGCUUAUGACCCAGAGGCCUCAUUUGAUACACAUGGAUAUUUUGUCAGUAGAGCAGAAAAUAGCAGAAUACUGUUCGACAGGUUACCAGGCCGCCUGAAGAAUAGAUACGACUUUAGUCUUCAAUUUAAAACACAUUCUUCAGAGGGAGUUCUAUUCUAUGUAGCAGAUAUAAAACAUAUUGAUUUUAUUUCUCUUUAUAUGAGGAAUGGAAGGUUGGUUCAUGCAUUCAACUGUGGAACUGGAGCAGCCAAUAUCACAAGCACCAAUAAAUUUGAUGAUGGAAUGUGGCACACAGUUGAAUUUUCACGACAUUUUACAACAGGCAGUCUCAUAGUGGAUGGUCAACCAGAAGGAGAUGGACAGUCACCUGGAGACACAAAAUCCAUAAAUGUUGAACCACCAGUAUUUCUUGGAGGUGUUCCUCAAGAAAUUGUUGAAAAAGUUAGGCUUAAUGUGAAGGUACAUGAUUUUGGUUUUGAAGGCUGCCUGAGGGGUCUGACUGCAAAUGGCUCCGAUUUUCCAGAACCCACAUUGUUGGGUGUAAGACCAUGUUCAUUUGACUUUGAGAAAGGUGUAUUCUUUGGAGAGAAUGGUGGCUUCAUUAGAGCAAGACCGGUGUUUAGGGUUGGAUUAUCAAUGAAAAUUCAGAUGGAUAUUAAACCUCGAAGUAUGUCUGGAAUACUUCUCUCUGUUCAUGGAAAAGCUGAUUUCCUGUUACUGCAAAUGGUCAAUGGAACAGUGAAAUUUAGUGUUGACAAUGGAGGUGGUCCCAUUAGUGCGACAUAUACACCAAUGAAGAAGAAUUAUCUUUGUGAUGGCCAGUGGCAUCAGAUUUUAGCUGUGAAAUACAGGAAUGUGGUCACGUUAUCAAUUGACUCAACUCAAGGAGAACCCAUCAUUGGUAGACCUGGUAAAGCAGCUACAGAUACAAAAUCGCCAUUGCUGAUAGGAGGUCGUGCUAAACCAAACCUCAACUUACGGGGACUGGAAGCAAAGGAACAUUUUGUUGGCUGUAUGAAGAACAUUAUUAUUAAUGAUAGGCCAGUUAACAUCUCAAAAGUUCACCUUGGUGGUGAUAUAAUGUCUGGCUCAUGUCCAUUGACUUGAGUUGUAGUUUAAGAAUAAAUUACUUUUUUUAUAUA